GCCGCCAAUGAACAACCUCUCAUGGCGCACCAUACUGCCGCUCGAUCGCCCACUUUCACGCCGCGUAAAGAGCCAUUCUAUCCCGCCCUCGCCCGUAACAGUCCCCCCCGCAGAGACGCGUAUAAGAAGCCCGCUGCGAGAGCUCGCUCCCCUCUCACCUAAACCACGCUAGACCUCACCAUGCUCGCCACCAAGUUCGCCUUCCUGACUGCCUUCUUCUUCCUCAUCGUCGCCACGGUGGGCAAGGCAGAGAAGAGUGACCCUCACGGAGCCCUACUUCUCGGUCAUUGCUACAGCGACGCCAAAUGCACAUCAACCUCCACGGACCUCCGUGCCACCAAAGCUUCCGAGAUGCUCAUUGUUCGACCCGGUGAUGGGCAGAAAUGCGUGGGAUUCGUGGCAGCCAAAGCUGGGGGAAACAUCUGUGCUAGUGAGGCUUGUUCUGAUUGUACGCAGGUGGAUGAUGGGAAGACUUGUUAUAGUGUGAGCGAUACAGAUGAUUGGGUUGCUUUUUGUUCGUAGAAGGCGUGAAGGGGAAGGUGGGGGCGAGGAAUCUUGCUGCGAUUAAAGAUUGUCGAUCUAUUCUAGCUUCGUCUAUUGAAUGCGACGUGCGU